AUGAUUUCGCUAAGGCUCGUGUUCCUGUGUGCUCUCUGUCUUGGCAACAUCCGGGCGCUUUCGCUGGUGUUGUCGCAUGAGCAGAGCUAUUUCUUCGGUACCCGACCGGCGAAUAAUCUGCUGUGCUACACGAAAACCAUCUCGAAAGGAUCGGUUCUGCCAGUGGCGGUUUCCUACACGCAUCCUAGCGACAAGAAGAUCAACUUUGUCACGAUGAACGCGGACAAGUACUCACCCCAUGGCUACACGGUGGAUAAGACGGACGGUCAGCUCGGUACGUCCAUGGUAGGCUAUCGAAUAAACGGUUUCAGCCCACUGGCGUACGCGAUCAUCAUCAACAUGUACUGUGAGCCGUGA